CUGUCACAGCACAGCACGCCACAGGCGUCUGAACUCUGAACCGGACAACUGAUGCCAUCGUGAGCGCGGGUGAAACGAGGAUAAUGGGCCAAUCUGGCGAAACUAUGCCACGAAAAAAAGGAUUUUCUGUGAAGAGGAACUGCCCCCAACGCAGCGAACCUGACGCCAUGGACCUCUUGAACGAAGGUAACUCUAACGUUAGUUAACAUGUCAGCUUAUGUUAGCUUUACUACUUAUUUAUCAUGAUGAUUCUGUUAGCUAGCCAGUAUCUACUAUGCAAUAUUGACUAGCAAACGUUAGAUAUCAGUCCACUUUUUGUGUAAUAUAGCCAGGUACUGCAAAGGUCAUUGUAAAAUGCUUAACGUCCUUUAUGAAAAUGAACCAUGGUUUUACUACUACAAAAAAAAAAAAAAAAAAAAAAAAAAAAAACAUGAUUACUACAGUUAAACCAUGGUAACCACAAAUUAACCAUGGUUUUGCUACACUAUUGUAUAGCCAUGGUAUUUGUAGUAAAAUCAUGGUUAUACAAAUAGUAGUCAAUAUGCAAAAAAAACCUACAAAAAAAAAAAAAAAACACUUUUACUAUAAUAAAACAAUGGUUGAUUUCUUGCAAGGGGUGAAAAAGCUUAAAAUGGCUUAAUGCCCCAAAACAGCAAUCAGUGAUUAGCAAAUUUGACCACAGAUCAAUUUAGUUUGAAUUUUUAAGAUGAGUGAGACCUCAUAAUAAGAGAUGUGUGAAGCAAUAUGGUGAUCUUUGAUAUACUUUUGGUGUAUUACGCCAAAUUAAACUUUUUCCUCAUAAUGGGCCUCAGUGGAGGAAAAAAAUGCUUAGGUUAAGUCCAUACUUCAAUUUAGAUUUUUUUGACUGGUGAAAGUGUUAAUGAAAGAAAAUGUCAGAGAGAAAUUUGAUGAUAAUUGAUCAUAUUUUUGGAACACUGAGCCAGGUUAAGCCUUUUCACAAUAAGUGUUUUAGAAUGUCCCUGCUUCAAUGUUGCUGUAGUUUGGCUUCAUUUGUCAGACAGGAACAUUAACCAUUUCCUUUUAUGUUUUUACAGACCAAGCUGAUGUGGCCCAGCAUAUAGAUGAAGAACACCAUGGAAAAGACAGCGACAAUGACCUUUCUGUUGUUGCAGUGGGAACUCCAGAACCAGGUGAGUUUGUAUUUACUUACUGGGAAAUUAAACAGGUUGUAUGUAUUUUGAAUUUUAGAUCAUGGUCACGUGAGCCACAUGUAGUCUCCUCUUGGUUACCGUGAUUGACAUGAGAAGCUAACUUGUUUCAAAUCAUGUGAAAAUUUCUGUGUCCUGUGUUCUAGGGUUGGGUGAUAUACUAAAAACUCACCAUGACAAGAAUUCUGAAGCUUUCACUGACCUAUUAAAAAAAAAGUUAGCAUGUUAGGGAGCAACCUUCAUUUUGUGCAAGCACAUUUUCAUUUGCAACCCUUUAACCAAAACUACAACAGCCAAUCACACUCUUGUUCCACUGAGCAUAUAUGGGAUAUAAAUACUUGGUCUAGCACUGAUGCCACCCUUAUUACACAAGUGAAAUCCAUUGUAUUGUGGUACAUAAAGUUUAAACUAGAAGAAAGUGUUUUACUGUUUGACCAUAUGAAAAGCUGUGAUACAGCUGCUCUUCUAUUACUUGUUCAUAUAUAUAUAUAUAUUAGGGGUGUAACGAUAUCACAAACCGAACCGAAAGAUCGCGAUACACCACCCACGAUACGAAUCGCGGAACUCUCGUGGCGUACCGUGGUACUCUCACGCCUCCUGCUGCCCAUUGUUGAGGUUGUCACUUAUCGCUAACUAACUAAUCUAUUAAUUUAAACAAAAUUUUCUUUGCAUACAUUUGAUUAAAUUGUAUUAGUAACGACUAAUAAGAGCUUUUUAAAUGCUGUUCUAAAUAUUAUAUUCCAAAGUUACUGGUUUGUGCAUGUCAUGCCACGUGACUUGGGAGUGAGCGUCACACUCGGUUACUACUGUGUACGCAGGAUGGCUGCUCCGCCUGAGAUUGCAGAUCCCCCGGACACAUUUAAGUCUAUUGUGUGGGAACAUUUUGGUUUUUCAGUGGAGUACAGGAAUGGAAUUCGUGUCGUAGACAAAGCACACACAAUCUGUCGUAACUGUUUCACAAAACUUACUUAUAUGACAGGAAACACGUCUAAUAUGCAAGCGCAUCUCCGGAGACAUCACCCCAACAUUGAUAUUAGCGGCACACGUAAGAAGCCUCAAAAGCAGGAAACUCUUCCCACUGCCUUCAGAAUGAAGCUACAAGCUAACUCUGACCGUGCUCAAACAAUUACAAAGGCAAUAGGUGUUUUCAUGGCACUAGAUAUGCAGCCGUUUUCCGUUGUUGAGAAUGACGGAUUCACGCAUUUGCUAAGUGUGUUGGAGCCCAGAUACCAAUUACCGAGCCGACCGCAUUUCAGUCAGAAUGUGCUGCCUCACCUUUACAGCGAAGUAAAAGCCAAACUAGUGGAAGACCUGAGCAAUGCUAAAUUCAUUGCUUUAACUACGGACGGGUGGACCUCACGUGCAACUCAGUCUUUCAUGACGAUCACGGCGCACUGCAUUACGGACAACUGGGUAAUUAACAAUCCGGUUCUGCAGACACGCGCUGUCUAUGAAAGCCACACAAGUGAUCAUCUGUCAGAAAUACUACAGGCAGCUGUAGCAGAGUGGAAAAUCGACAGAGAAAAUGCCACUAUUCCUGUGACAACAGAUAACGCUAAAAACAUUGUUAAUGCAGUUGAAGCAGCCGGUUUUUCACCAAAUAUACGAUGUUUUGCGCACAUAGUUAAUCUGGCAUCACAGAAGGGAAUGGGAGUUAACCAGAUGUCACAGCUUUUAGGCAGAGUGCGAAAGGUGGUCACCUUUUUCCAUCGUAGCACUACUGCUGCAGCAGUGCUGAAGGACAAACAAGAGAUGCUCCAUCUGCCUCCACACAAGCUAAUUCAGGAUGUUCCCACCAGGUGGAACUCCAGCUAUGACAUGCUUGAGCGCUACCUUGAACAGCAGGCUGCUGUUUUCUCUGCACUUACAGACAGGAGUAUUAAGAGGAACAUUAAGGACAUUGUUACUCUAUCUGAUGAAGAUAUAAAAUUAGCUGAGGACAUCAUUCAGGUUCUUAAAGCCCUGAAAAUGGUCACAACUCUGCUAAGCACAGAACAGCUGCCAACCGUAUCAAUGAUAAUGCCACUGAAACACACCAUCCUGGAAUCUAUGAAAGUGAGUGACACCAAUACAACAGUUGUUAAAGAUGUCAAAUCUGCCAUUGUGUCCGACUUAAUCAACAGAUACCCAGAAUCUGACUCAAUACUUGUGCAGUUUCUUCAUAUGAGCACUGCACUUGACCCACGUUUUAAAUCUCUGCCCUUUCUGGAUGAAACCAUGCGCAGCAACCUCUUUAAUAGCCUGAUGGAGAAGAUUCUGGAAUACCAUCCCCAGCAGGUAUUUUUUAUUAUUAUUGUUUUAAUCCAAACUUAAUUUAAUAAAUUAAAUUUUACCUAUACUAUUUAGUUUCACACAAAGCUGCAAUGCAUAUUACUAGUGAAUAUGUACUGUGAAAACCACUUUACAAACACAGUAUAUAUAUGUAUAUUUUUUUCAUUCAAUUUAAACAGAAAUCUAUCUUCAUUCUAUCUAAAUGAAAUCAGAAAUGAGAAUCACUAUGUUUGUUUUUGGUAUUUCUAUGCAUCUGAUAUAAAUUGCAAUUAGCAAUAUUGACUUGAAACUAUUUUGUG